AUGGAGGUCACUCGCCCCGGAGGAACGACUCUAGAAAUUCGGUCUCGACAUUUGAGCGUCUGUUUCGGAUCCGAAAAUCAGACAUAUGCCUUGAGGCCUCGAUCAACUUUGGAGAAGUGGCUCAAUGGCAGUAAAGUCGUUAUUAUUAUCUUUGUUAAAACCAUUGUCACGUCUGAACAACUCACACUUUAUACUGCUAAGGUCUGCCCUUUUGCUCAAAGGGAUGUCACUAAAGAUAUUACCUGUCGUGGCCUUCAUCAGGUGGAACUAGUCCUUGCGGAAGCCAAGGCCGAAUUUAAAUCCUACCAGAUUGACCUCGCGAAUAAACCAGACUGGUAUGCACCCAAAGUAAAUCCGGCGAGCAAGGUCCCUGCUGUUGCCUAUGGAGGGCCUGAUGUUUCUCCAGAAACGCCUUCCCGACGAAAAUUGCCGACCGACCUCUAUCCUUCAGCCCGUCUCCUCCCUUCAGAUCCCGUUGCGAGAGCCAAAGCACGCUUCUUCAUCGAUGUUGUUUCCACCAAAUUUAUACCGGCUUAUAUUGGUUUCGUCCUUCGUGGAGAGUCACGCGAGAACGUUUUGACUGCCGUCGAGGCUGUCCAAGACCUACUACUUGCCGGAGAGAGCACUAAGUUCGCAGUCGCUGGUCAUUACACUAUUGCAGAUGCUGCUCUCGUACCAUUCAUGGCAAGAUUACGAAUUUCGGCUGAGAACGAUGUUGGUACAUUCGAGAGAGGUGAGGGUAAAAAGCUGGUGGAAGAGCUGCAAAGCGCCAAUUAUGCCAGAUUCAACAACUACAUAAACUCGCUUUUCGAAAGGGAAAGCUUUAAGGCUACUUUUGAUGAGACUAAUGAGGUUUACGAUGACCAGGAAUAUGUUAAGGCUAUGUUUCUCAAACGAGCUGGGACUGCGCGCGCAGGCAAAUGA